AUGAUAUAAUAGAUUAAAUACUACGAAGAAUUAGAAGAAUUUUUAAGCUCUUCACUUUUAUCUCAUUAGUUUCUCCAUAUUAGACUGAUUAACAAUUAAAUUGGUGCAAUAGGUGCAUCAGGCUUAGGUUCUGCUUUAGCAAAGUGCAUUGAUCUAUCAAAUUUGACACUUAACCUUAGUAGCAAUUAAAUUGGUGAUGAAGGUGCAUCAAGCUUAGGUUCUGCUUUAGCAAAGUGCAUUAAUCUAUCAAAUUUGACACUUAACCUUAGUUACAAUGAAAUUGGUGAUAAAAGUGCAUCAAGCUUAGGCUCUGCUUUAGCAAAGUGCAUUAAUCUAUCAAAUUUGACACUUGACCUUUGUUGGAAUAAAAUUGGUGGUGAAGGUGCAUCAAGCUUAGGUUCUGCUUUAGCAAAGUGCAUUAAUCUAUCAAAUUUGACACUUAACCUUUGUAACAAUGAAAUUGGUGGUGAAGGUGCAUCAAGCUUAGGUUCUGCUUUAGCAAAGUGCAUUAAUCUAUCAAAUUUGACACUUAACCUUAGUAACAAUUAAAUUGGUGAUGAAGGUGCAUCAAGCUUAGGUUCUGCUUUAGCAAAGUGCAUUAAUCUAUCAAAUUUGACACUUAACCUUUGUAACAAUUAAAUUGGUGAUGAAGGUGCAUCAAGCUUAGGUUCUGCUUUAGCAAAGUGCAUUAAUCUAUCAAAUUUGACACUUGACCUUAGUUACAAUGAAAUUGGUGAUGAAAGUGCAUCAAACUUAGGCUCUGCUUUAGCAAAGUGCAUUAAUCUAUCAAAUUUGACACUUGACCUUUGUAACAAUUAAAUUGGUGAUGAAGGUGCAUCAAGCUUAGGUUCUGCUUUAGCAAAGUGCAUUAAUCUAUCAAAUUUGACACUUAACCUUAGUUACAAUGAAAUUGGUGAUGAAAGUGCAUCAAGCUUAGGCUCUGCUUUAGCAAAGUGCAUUAAUCUAUCAAAUUUGACACUUGACCUUUGUAAUAACGAAAUCAAUGAAUCAUAAGAAUUCAAAGUAAUUAGCAAGUUUCUUAAAUUAAAAAGAUUAGUUGUCUUUGAAAAAGAACUCAGAUGA